AUGUCUGACAGUGAAAGCGACUACGAUACAGUUUCCGAGAAAACAAGACUUAUGGAUGGUCAUGUUGCUGCAAAUAGUUCAGGAAGUACAGCCUCUACUGACCUGAGACAUGGACAGGAAAUUCCAAGGAAGAGAACUAGGAGAAAUGCAGAUGAUAACGAAGAAAGGCUUGAAGAAGAGGGUGCUAGCGAGGACCAUCCUACUCAAAGACGCUGUGUGCAACACCAGCCAAUGCCCCAAGAUGAUGAGGAGGAACUCAAAUAUGGGGCCAAGCAUGUCAUCAAACUAUUUGCACCAGUUUCCCUAUGUAUGGUGGUUGUAGUAGCCACUAUUAGUGCAGUGAAUUUUUAUUCAAUAAAAGGCAUGUACUUAAUUUAUACGCCUUUUCAUGAAGAGAGUCCAGAUACUAGUACCAAAGUGUGGAAUGCUGCAGCAAAUGCUAUGAUCCUGAUGGCCGUAAUAGUGGGCAUGACUGUACUGUUAAUAGUUUUAUACAAGUACAGGUGUUAUAAAACUAUUCAUGGCUGGUUGAUUGUAUCCUCUUUGAUGUUGCUAUCAAUUUUUUCAUAUUUAUACCUAGAGGAAAUUUUGAGAGCUUAUAACAUUCCCAUGGAUUACCCUACUCUCCUCAUGAUAAUGUGGAAUUUUGGAGUAAUGGGCAUGAUUGUAAUCCAUUGGCAAGGUCCCCUUGUCCUACAGCAGGCAUAUCUGAUUUUUGUAGCAGCUCUCAUGGCUUUGGUAUUUAUAAAGUACCUACCUGAAUGGACAACAUGGGCUGUUUUAGCUGUAAUAUCUAUUUGGGAUUUGAUAGCUGUACUGAUGCCAAAGGGGCCCUUGAGAAUUUUAGUGGAGACUGCACAAGAGAGAAAUGAACAGAUAUUCCCUGCACUGAUAUAUUCAUCCACUUAUAUGUAUGCUUAUACAAGUAUGGCAACAGGUGAAGAGGUGCCAAAUGUCAGAACAUCAAGGUCUACCAGUGAAGACCAUGGUUUCACACAAGAUUGGGUAGAUAACCAUGCUAGUCAAGUUGCUCAAAGGCAGUUGGAAGUGCAUGAUACUCCUAGUGGUGUGCCUCGCACACAAGUGAUUCAAGAGGAGGAAGAACGUGGUGUAAAAUUGGGUUUGGGAGAUUUCAUUUUCUAUAGUGUGCUUGUAGGAAAAGCAUCUUCCUAUGGGGACUGGAAUACCACUUUGGCAUGUUUUGUGGCAAUUUUGAUAGGAUUGUGCCUAACUCUUCUGUUACUGGCAAUUUUCAAGAAAGCUUUACCAGCUUUGCCAAUUUCAAUAACUUUUGGAUUAAUAUUUUAUUUUGCCACCAAAGAACUUCUUAUUGACAUGGAUUUCUCAUGGGCAGAACAAUACCCAGAAGUUUACAAAGUAUGUAACAUGUUCCAACUCUCCGAGGUAUCCCUGCCAAUUACUUAUUGUUAUACUCCACUCAGAGCUUACAUUCAAGAUGGUCCACAAUGUGGAUUAGUGGCUCUAGCUAUGUGCCUUGAUAACCCUGUAAAAGAAACCAUUGACAAACUACUAGAAUCAGCCAGAAACCAUGGUUUUAGUUUCAAUGGAGAAAUAUUCAGUGCACAAAAUAUGGCAGAGUUGGCAGAAGAAAAUCUGGACAGGAAAGCAAUUAUUAGUGUGCAUAGGGGUAUUUUGAAUGAUCAGAAAUUGAUUAAUCAUUUGAUGGGAGGAGGGCUCUGUUCUCUAACUCUGACGCGUCUGGCUAUCUUGCGCCCCUUGGGUUCAGACUUGGCUGCCAUAUCCAUAGCCGUGAAAAUGCAGUCCAGCAAGAGAACUCUCCGCUCAAACGACCUCAUCCUACCCCAAGGGGGGCUGCUCGACACUCCAUUGGACGUCACUUUCUGUCUGCAGUACCCCCAUUUCUUGAAGAGGGAGGGAAAUAAGCUGCACAUACUGCUGCAGAGAAGAAAAAGAUACAAGAAUCGCACCAUGUUGGGGUUCAAGACUUUGGCCGAGGGUGUCAUACGGAUGGAUCAGGUGCUGCAGAAGCAGAUGGACAUCGAGCUGGACCUGAUGCCCGACCCCAACGGCAAGGACGGCAAACAGGCCGCCGGCCCCCUUGCCCGCCUCUCCCUUCUCCAGCUGACCUCCACGCCCGUCGACCACGAGCACAAACUGGGCGCGGCAGAGCACGACUACAGCGACGACGACGACGAGAUCAGCUCGGGGGAGGAGGAGGCGGUCGACUUUGAGGCGAUGUGGAAGAUGCCGGACAACCUCAAGCAGCGUUUCGUGUUGCUGUUGAAGAGGUUCUGGGUGCCGGACUCUGAUGGUGGCCGAGUGAGAGACUGUUUGGACAACCCGAGCGACAUCCAGGCGCUGUUCCAGGAGCUCGAGUCACUGAGCUGCGACGAGGAUUCCGGGGGCGAGCAGGACACCAUGUCGAUCACCAGCACGCCGAAGCCGAGCCUGCGGCCGUUCUUCAGCUCCAGCAGGAGUUUGCUGGACAGCGGGGCGGUGCCUUUCGUGGAGGCCGACAGGCACGAGGAGAGGACCGACCCGCCGACGGGGUCGCCGCCGCGCGAGCAGGCUGGGGGCGGGGGAGGCGGCGGGGGCGGACGUGGCAGGCCGGCCGGGGACGGCGAGCUGUCGGCCAUCGUGCAGGAGCUGAGCGAGCGCAAGUCGAAGCUGUUCCGGUCGGCGGCCGCGGCGGCCAAGAAGAAAUGCUCGCCUAGCGCUGGGGUAUUGUCUCCCGAAGAGAACAUCCUUCCAGAGAGCGUCGUGUUUCUGUCCGGUCCCGACAGCGUUACGGUUCCUCUGAGUGUGAGGCAACUUUCUACUCUAGACCCAGGUUACCAAUCGCUGUUUCCCAGCGACCAAGAACUGAAGAUCGAAGAGCUGUCCCAGCGAGUGCUGAGAUAUCUGGCGGGGCCUCCUAGUGCUCCGUUGGCUCACAUGCCCGUCGGGGAGGCGAUGCUCACUUGUCACGACGAGAACAGUCAGCUGUUCAUUCCGUUCGUCAGUGAGGUGAGAGUCGGUCCCGCCGACCAAUACCAGUCCGUCUCCGUCGACCUCGACGACUUGAUCUGCUCCAGUCCGCCUGCCCCUUCGCUGACGCCCCCUUCGUCUCCGAACGUGCAGGCUCGCGAGUCGCCCUGGGAACCACUCGAGUUGCAGGUGGACUAUUGGCAGGUGCCGAAAGCUGGCGACAGUGCUUUAAAGACUGACAAAGACAAGGUCAAGCAGGACGGAAAGACGUCCCUCAAGGCACUGUUCAGGGGCCUGCAGGCCUCCCCUACUACCACUUCAGGGUUGAACCUCACCGUGCAUUUGGCCAACAAGGAGAAAAAACAAAAAAUUAUGAGAUUGGGCAAAAAAAAGGAGAAAGAAAAGGAGAUGGAGCCUCGCAGUCAAAAUGUGGAGGGAGUACUGAGGCUGAUAUGUUCUGCGCGUGCUUCUCACAAUACCCCCAUGAAAGGUUAG